CAGCCGUUCCCAAACAGUGUAUGAUAUUUGUGAUACUCGGCUCCUUCGUGUACAUAUACAUAUAACACGCCCAUACAUGUUACUUUGGCUUCAUUACAGAUCUGUUCACCGUGAAAGUCAGCGGUUUCUGUCCAGAUACCAGCUUAUGCGAAAGAGAAACGUAUUAUUCUGAGCUUCGGCCAAUCGUCAUCAUCACAAAACAAGACUAAGGCGUGAUCGUCCUGUCCAUAUGAUUACCAGUGUCAGCCCCACGGCCGGACGGAUGUGCUAGUGGUCGAGACGAACAACCCCGCUGUCUCCCAAGAACAAUUACUUGAGGGAGGUAAACUAAGAGCAGAUUUUAAAAGCGGUUAAUUUAACUGAAAACUGUCCUGGGCGAAAGAACGGAGCUGUGCCUCAUAUCCGCUGUCCCAGGGUUCGAGAGGAAACUUUCCCGACGGGACACUCAGCACUGGUUACCCUGUCCCUUGAAAAUCAGAGUGAAAACAAUCCAGAAAACCCAGGUGAAAUAAUUCUGAAAGGAAGGAGGUGACAGUGUUUCGAACGGAAGUGCAUUACAUCGGCUGGUUAGGGCUGACCCAUAUUUUCUCUAUAUAUAACCCCCUUGACAAAUCUUAUUUUAACGUGCUCAUUAUUGCGUUCGUCAAUCUUCGGUAAAACCGUAUUUACAAGCGUCUAAUCCGCUUAAUCCGUAUCGCUGAGCGCUGUUCCUACCAGGACCAUGAUGGCGGCGAACUUUCUCCUGACAGUGGCUAUGGUCAUCGCUACCGACCUAUCCCGUGGACCCUGGGUUGCCGUGGCCGUGCCUGUCACAUACACAGUUGAACCCCAACUGUCCAGUAGCGGAGAUGUCAUACCGGAAGUGGCCAGUAGCGGAGAUAUCGGAAGUGACGUCACUCAAGAUUUGCGGGAGGGUGCUUUAGUCACAGAUCUCCAUCAUCUCGGCGGCUGCCUGGACAACACGGGAGAGGUUCACUUGACGGGAACGUCGUGGAACAUCGGCUGUGAUCAGACCUGUGAAUGUGUAAUUACACCGGAAGGACCCAUACAGGAUUGUUUUCCUCCACGAUGUGCCAUCCCUAUGUUGUCUCCAGGAUGCCAGCUAGUGAGGAAUCCACAGCGGAACGACAGGACCGGGGAAAACUGCUGUGAUGUGGUCGACUGCAAACCCUUACACUGUGUGGACAACAAGGGCGGAAAACACGAAGUCUACACCUCAUGGACUGACGGCGAACUUGACUGCUUCUGUCAGUAUAACUAUCAACAGGACACAGUCGAGCCUUCUUGCAUCUUGUUGCAGUCUGAAACUUCCGCCACGGUUCCUCCUGCCCCUCCCGCCCCUAUGGAAUUACGUUAUGAAGAGCAGCCUGUGUGGGAAAGGGAAAGUGAAAGUGGUGUCAACGAAACAAACGAGAUAGUUGAAGUUUGCAAAGAUAAGCAGCAAAAUACGCACAGUGUAGGCCAAACGUGGAGAGUGGGUUGUGAGACAGAGUGUGUAUGUGUUCAACAAGGGGAGAUAACUUCAGCGCAGUGCUCACCAAUACCAUGCCCUGUACCAGCCAUUUUGCCUGGCUGCACAAUUGUACCCAAUCCUGACAGGGAUGUCGCCAAUAGUCUUAACUGCUGUGAUAAAGUCGUGUGCCCACAUAAGCUAUGUAUUGGCGAGGAUCAAAUCCUUCGUGAACUGUACAGUGUAUGGACUGAGAGAGGGCAGACGUGCACGUGUGCGCUGAACUAUAACGUUAAUCAGGCCAUGAAGAAAUGCGGCACUGCUGAAGAAGUAGGAUACCUUUAGUUUGUCACUGGACGUCCCGUGAUCGGUGAUGGCUCUCUCCAUCGUCAUUUUAAGCAUCUGUAAAUUUAUCAGUAUGCAUCUGUCAUACCGCUUUUUGUAUUUAAAUGGGUUGUUCGUAUUUAAAAAUUAAGUUGUAUUAAACACACAGAGACACUAUUAUUUUUUGUUGAUGCGUAUUUCCAUGGUAACAUAGCUGAAGCCACAUGGUUCAUUUCACACCCAAACUCUAGUCCAAACUCUAUUCCCAUGUCCAGCGCAGUUGCUGAUCAAACCAUUUUCUCAUUGGCUGUUGAUCUAUCUUUCGGAAACAGAUUCUCUCAUUGGCUCGAUCCCGGUGCAUCUGCCAGUAUUAUCAGUGCCAGAC